AUGUCCGAGCGAGUAGUGCAGGAACUCUACGACAUUAUCCAAGUCUACAUGGGACAAAGGAAGCAUGAUGAAGAGCCGGUAGUUGUUAAGCUCCGUUUUCGGAGAACCCCCGUUCCCGCUACGACCACCAACGGCCCACCUUUAACCGUGAUUCCUGGGACAUUUCGAACAUGA